CGCUCUCACUUCCUUGAGAGUUAAGAUGGCGGACCGGCGGCGACGGAGACGGCGCGCCUCUCAGGACAGUGAGGAGGAGGACGAGUCCGCCUCGGGCUCCGAGAGCGGGAGAUCCCUCUCGGCCGGCCGGAAGCCUCGCGGAAGAGAUCCCGAGCCGGUUGAAUCGCCAGCGGAGCGCGUCGGAGCCAAAAUCGGCGAUGAGUCGGAGUGUGAAAGUGAAGAUGGCGUUGGUGAAGCAGUCUUAUCAGACUAUGACAGCGCUGAUCUGGAGGAGAAUGGAUCGCACACGGAGGGAGGAGAGGAAGAGGAGGAGGCAGAGCAUUUCAGUGAUGAAGAGGCCUCACGUCCUGCCGCAGAACCGAAGCCCGCUGCAGAUGCCCCGACAGAAGAGCUUGGUGAAGAGGAGGAGAGAGAUGGAGGGGACAAGGAAGUUAAAGAUGAUGAGAAGGGGAAUCUAGCUGGGGAGCGCCAGAGUGGGGACGGACAGGCCAAAACUGAAGUUGAGACCUCUACAUGUUUACAGGAAAGCACCGAGGACCCUGAGAAUAAAUCAGGCAGCAAAGGCCAGAAGCUGGACGAUGAUGAGGACAGGAAGAAUCCAGCCUACAUCCCCCGAAAAGGCCUUUUCUUUGAGCACGACGUGAGAGGCCAGGCUACAGAGGAGGAGAGGCCUAAAGGCAGGCACAGGAAGUUGUGGAAGGACGAGGGCCGUUGGGAUCACGACAAGUUCCGUGAAGAGGAGCAGGCGCCAAAAUCACGCGAAGAGCUAAUUGCUUUUUAUGGUUAUGACAUCCGCAAUGGCACUGGGUCGAGUGAUGGACGAUCGUACCGCUCCCGAAAACCCAGCAGACAUGCUGGUUCACCCAGUCGGGAGCCUAGGCGCCAUCGUGAAGGUGAGAAGUCAGUGCGUACAACAUGGCAGGCGCCUCCACCUGGCCAUCGCAACACCCCUCAGUCUGUUACCCUGCAGUCAGGCCCACCUCCUGGUCCCGCUGCAGCACCCAAACCCUUCGGCCGACCCUCGACCCAGCCCCCACAUCGCAGCUUCCAAAGUAGUCGAGCCCUGUCAGCCCCCCACAGGACAGAAGGGCAGAGACACUUGAAGCCCAGUCUAGAUGGCCCACCACCUCGAGGAGUGCGGCCACAGCCUGUAGAGGGUGAGAGGGGCCUGCGGCUCAGGGGCCGUGGUUCACAUGCUGUUCACGCUGACCGUAGCCCAGCCACGGUGGUGGAGGACAUCCGCAGUGAGGAAGAAGAGGAGGAGGGUGAGAUUCCAACAGCGACAACUACAUAUACCGCUCACCACUACAGGACAGCGAGAGAGAGGGUUCCAUCACCACGCAAACAAGAGUCUGGCCCAGCGAUGGAAGGGGGCAGUGCAGCCAGUCAGGUGCGAGAAUCGUCUCCUCAAGAGAGGCCGGUGGAAAAGAAAUCAUACUCUCUUGCACGGAGGGCGACGCGAACGCGACCGUCUGAUCUCGCUAAGCAAGCGUCGUUAGAUGACUCCUCACCUGCGGUCCAGCAAACCCCGGCGGCAGCAAAGAGUGAGUCGUGGCAAGAGCAGAGUGAUGCUGGAACGCAAGGUGGACUGACAGGGCUCGACCAGGACCUGGCCCGACUCAGCCUGGCUGGACAGAACUGGGCCCAAAGCCCUCCCUCCUACUUGCAGGCUGAGAUGAGAGGCAUCCGUAGCUCAAUGCACAUGGCAGGAGGGCCUCCACAGUAUGGAAACAUGGAGGAUAUUGGUGUUGGUGGUGGCCGGGCUAAGCGGUAUUCAUCACAGCGCCAGAGGCCAGUUCCCGAGCCUGCACCCAUGCACAUAGGAGUCAUGGAGGGCCAUUUUUAUGAACCCAUGUCUUUCCAGGGACCAAUCUACACACACGGCGACAGUCCAGCGGCCCUGCCCCCUCAAGGCAUGCUUGUUCAGCCUGAGAUGCACCUGCCACACCCCACCCAUCCCGGACACCCAGGUUUACACCCGCACCAGUCAGGAGGGCCCUUGCCCAAUCCGGCUCUUUACGCCGCUCCACCCGUUUCUAUGUCACCUGGGCAACCGCCUCCACAGCAGCUGCUACCCCCACCCUUCUACCCCCCGCCAGGUGUAAUGACCUUUGGGAACACCAACUACCCGUACCCUGCCGGAGCUACGCUACCUCCAAUGUACCCCAAUCCCCAGGCACAGGCACAGGUCUACGGUGGUGUGACGUACUACGACACAGUACAGCAGCAAGCUCAGCCCAAACGCUCCCCGCCCCGACGUUCCUCUCAUCCCGUUACAGUCAGACCUCCCCCUCCUGAGGACCAGAGCAGAAAUCCCGCUGAGGAGAUUCGCUCCUAGCUGACAGAGGGCGAGGAGGCCACGUGUCAGGACCCAGCACCGCUUUUGUGUUCACUGUCUUCAUGCAAGGUUCUGUUUGCAGGUUGUUCCUAUCUGUUGUAUUUCUAUUCAUAACCAGUGAAGUGUUUUACCAUUAUCUGCUGUUCAGCUAGGAAUUAAAUGUGCAGUCUUAAACAGCGAAAUGUAUUUUUCACUAAGCAGCUCCUGUAUCUCUGAUGUCUCUACUAACAGACGAGAAUUGAAAUUGUUUGAGGCUUCUGGACUUUUGAAUUGAGUUUUUUAAAUCUCCUUUUACUCUGUUGGGCAAAUAAAUGUUUUUAUUGAAAAGGAGAAAAGCACUAAGACGAACUUGAGUAUGUGAAAAGAUGGACCUGCAUUUUUUUUUUUUUUAUUAUUCUAGACUAACGGUCUCCUGUUUCAAAGGUUAGAUGCUUAGAAUGGAGCAAUGAAGCCAGCAGACGGCUGUCAUACAUGGUAAUGACCUUCAAAUGCACAAAUCGAAGACCUUUUUGGGUCACAUUAAGGCCCUUUUUGCAUGCUUUUUUCCCGUUUAAGAGCGCUGUACCUUUCUGACUGCUUAACCUGCCGUGAUGGUGCUAGUCCCAUUUCAGACUGGGGCUGAACCCCUCAAAUCCCGCUGUCCCUUGUAUCUUUUGACAUUGUGAACCGUUAACCUUGCUAGAUACUGACCUACUUGACAGUGUAACUUGCUUGAGUAGCUUUCUAUUGUAAGUGUACAUAUUAAAGUAUAUUGAAGCCAGUGGUUUAACGAAUAAUACUAAGAACUAGUCAUUUAUGAAAUGCUGUCAAUAUGAACAAAGUCAGCAGGGAAAUCUAGCCUAGGCCUCUCUUUCAUUGUGAAUUUAAUUUCUAUAACUUGCAAUUAUUCAAUGUUUUUCUUUUUAUAAAUAGUUAUGGUUGCAAUUGUUUUCUUUCAGGCACACUGUACAGGCAUGCAUGGUUUUAUAGAUCUAUUUCAUUGUGAAAGCAAUUCUAGAUGGCAGCUUCGGCUGUGAGCUGUUAUUCUUUGCCCCACUGUGGGAGUGCUAUGGAUGCAUCUUUUUCAAUUGUUCCCUUUAUGAUCGUUUCCGUCUGGAAAAAAAUCUAACAGUAUAACUGAGAUGUUGUCGUUCCCAGCGUUGUUUAGACAUGGCUCAUAAAGACCAUUAGAAGAUGUUGUAUUACUUUCUAUGCCUUAAAGAGUUGAUUGGUUUGACACAUCUGUUUUUGUUUGAUUAGACCUGACAACACUGUGAGGGCUUGUAUGUUUCAUAGUUGUUUGAAUAAUAUUAAAAGCAUUUCAUUUUAUUUUGAGGAGUAAUGUCAGGAGAUGAAAUUAAACAAGAACUGA